AUGACCAAUAGUAAAACGCGUGAGGAGAAUCACGCAGAUCCUCGUCCGUUGAACUUUUUUUCGAAGUUUAAAUAUCGCAGUAGUUCAAAUGCUCACCACGAGUGCGGAUUACGGCUAAACCUGGCUUUGCAAGAAGCGCCAGAUUCCAAGAAAUUAUUAAAUCUGAGAAGAAAAUGGGAUAAUGACGAAUAUAGGGAUGAUUGGGCAUCACCGCAGAUUGAAAUCGUGUUGGGAGACUUUAUAAGUAACCAAGAGAGAUCGAAUGAUGAAUUAGAUGCGUGUGUUAAUGAAACCAUCCGGGAUGGAAAUAAAUGGAUUGUGUGCGACACCGAUGUACGUGACCUCUUGGUAAAAUGGAAACAGGAGAAACCGCGACCACGUACUGAUCAAAAACGUUUCACGUUUCCCACACCGAAUGUGGAUAAUGUGGAUGAAAUGAAAACUGUAAGCCACAUAUCGAGAGCCAUUCUUUAUGAGGAGAAAGGUAUUACCCUCGAUCCCUUGCCUGAAAUAGAAUAUAGCUCAACCCAAUCUGAAUCUUCAACGGAGCCUGAAACAUCUACAACUUCUUUACCACAGGAUAUUAUCCAUGACGAUUCAGCUGAGAUCCUUGGUUUUGUAGAAACGUUACAUAAGGAAAGGAUUAGUAGCGAGAUAAGAGAAAGGAACCGGGAUUUUGUGGGUCAGUUCACUGAGACAACGCACAUUUUUGUAUCAGUAGCUUGUAAAACAAAGAUGGAUUAG